AUGGAAAUAACAACUGAACGGGAUCUCUUAGGAGCUGCGCAUGCAAUGAGUCGGCUGUCUGUACAGCACGAGUGGCUGGUGGAGCUGCCGCAGCCGCGCUGCUCGCUGCCGGGGCCUUUUGCUGCUGCCUCUGCAGCAGCUGCAAGCGACAGCAGCAGCACCACCAGCAGCACCACCAGCAGCACCGCCAGCAGCACCGCCAGCACUGGCAGCAGCAGCAGCAGCAGCUGCUGCUGCUGCCCGCUGCAGCAGCCGCAUGCAUUUGACUGGGUCCCCACAGUUGCUGUUCUCAGCGACGCAGGCCUUGACGUGGGGGGCGUUCUGGUGUCUCUGUUGGACAUUGUGUCUGUCUCCAUCUCCCCUCAUCCUCACAAAGCCUUGCAGCAGCAGCAGCAGCAGCAGCAGCAGCUGGGAAGCGGGAAUUCCCCACGGGUAGAACACGACGCUGCAGCAGCAGCGGGAGGGUGUGCAGCAGCAGCAGCAGCAGAAGCCGCAGGAGAGUACUCUGGGGCUGGAGCUGCUGCUGAGAAGGAGAACGUGCUGUGGGCUUGCGAGCAGCUGCAGCAGCAGCAGCACGUGCAGCUGGUUGUGCUGCUGCGGUCGGCGCUGCCAGCAGCAGCAGCAGAUCCUCCCCUUUACUUGCCGCCGGCGGAGGCCAGUGCUGAGGCCGGCAGUUGUUUGAUCAUGCGAGCUCCCGCAGCAGCAGCAGCUGCUGCUGCUGACGGCGCUGCUGCUUGCUGCUCGCUGGAGCAGCACGGCAGCAGCAGCUACGCGGGCGCUGCUGCAGCAGCUGCUGCUGUGUCGCUGCUGCGGCGGCUGCAGCAAUUCAUCAGCCGGGUCCGUCCCACGUUUUGUUCGCUGCGGAAGCGCGCAGCAGUGACGGAGGACAUUCGCGCUCGUUUUAAGCAGCAGCAGCAGCAGCAGCAGCAGCAGCACGUGCUGCUGCCCGCAGCAGCAGCAGCAGAAGUGGAGCGACUCAAGGCAGCAAAACAACUGCAUUUGCUGCUCGGCGGGUUUCUGCUGCGGGACUGUGCUGCUCUGGAAGAGGCCGUGGCUUACGCCCCUCUUGCGGUGCUGGCCAAGAGCAGCAGCAGCUGCUGCGAAGACGCAUUCUUCUGCUUGGAGAAAGAAGGCUGCUUCGGAGUGUUUGACGGAGUCGGCAGCUGGGCUGUUGAAGGAGUAGAUGCUUCUCGUUUCUCGGAAGGCCUUGCUGCUGCUGCUGCAGCAGAAGCAGCAGCAAACCUGAACCCCGACAACAUUGCCCCCGAGUACCGCGCGCUGGACCCCAACGCGCGGGCGCGGCUGCUGCUGCACCGAGCCCAUGCUGCUGUCUGCAGCAGCAGCGAGAACAGGUGGGGCAGCAGCACAGCAGCAGUGGGGUGUAUAGACACCCGGACGGGCCGCCUCGGAGUUGCAUGUCUUGGCGACUCCGUGCUGAUGGUGCUGCGGCGGCAGCUGCUGCCGAGCAGCAUGUCUUUUUAUGCUGCAGAAGUUCCUGCGGUGCGGCCGGAGGCGCUGCUGCUGUCGAGCAGCAGCAGCAGCAGCAGCAGCAGCAGCCGCUUCCCGCGGCUGCUGCGGCGCUGCUGCUGGCGCACCAAGGAGCAGCGCUGGGAGAACGGCGCCCCCUACCAGCUGUGCAACCUGCCGCCCCGCAGCAGCUGGCAGCAGCUGCAGCAGCAAGGCUUCGAGCGCUUUGUUGCAGUGCUGCAGAAGAUCGACCCCCAGGGCGACACAGCAGAAAUGGCCUUCGCCCCGCAGCAGCCGCUGCUGCUGCAGCCUGGUGACCUCGUGCUGGCCUUCAGCGACGGAGUCGGCGACAACUUGUUCGACAGGGAAAUCGAAGUCUUCUGCUCCCUCGCCCUCUCCCCCGACGAGGCCCUGCUGCUGCAGCAGCAGCAGCAGCAGCAGGGGAAGGAACAGCACGCCCAGCAGCAGCAGCAGCAGGGGAAGGAACAGCACGCCCAGCAGCAGCAGCAGCAGGGGAAGGAACAGCACGCCCAGCAGCAGCAGCAGCAGGGGAAGGAACAGCACGCCCAGCAGCAGCAGCAGCAGCAGCAGGACGCUGAACGGCCCUCUAUUCGCUUCACGCCUGCACAGGACGUGGCGGAGUUUAUUGUGAAGAUUGCAAAAAAGAAAUCUCAAGAUGGCCUGUUCGAACGCCCGUUUGUUGCAGCACCUGAAGGCAGCAAGCCGCUGCCCGCCCAUUUAGCAGCAGCAGAAGGAGAGGGAUUUCGAGGGGGCAAAAGAGAUGACAUUAGCUGCGUGGCACUGUGGGUCACAGCUGCAGUGCAGACACCGAUGCCUGCUGCUGCUGCUGCUGCUGCUGCUGCAGGCGUACAGACUGCAGCAGCAGCUGCACCGCUUCCCGCUGCAGCAGCAGCUGCAGAAGCAGCUGACUCCGUCGCGUUGACUGUGGAAGCUUCCACCCAGGGGGAGGAGGUUUCUGCUGGAGCAGCACAAGAAGAGCAGCCUGCAGCAGCAGCAGCAGCCUCUGCUGCUGCUGCUGCGUCGCCAGCUGCAGGUGGUCAAGGUGCCCGAGCACUCACGCCUUCACCCGCAGCCGAAGCCGCAGCAGCAGCGGCAUCCGCUGCUGCUGCUGCUGCUGCUGCUAAGUCACGCAAAGCAGCAGCAGCUGCAAGUGUCGGUACACCCAAGCUGCUGCACCGGUUCUCGCGUGCUGCUCGGCUGAGCCCCAGCAGCAGCCGCUUAGCAACCCCUGGGGCUUCCCCUUCAAGCUCAGUCUCUGCAGCAGCAGCCCCAGGAACUCCAGGGACCCCCACAUCAGCAGCAGCAGCAGCAGCAGCAGGGGAUUCCUCGCGGAGGCGCGCGCUAGCCAAAGGGGCAGCAACCCCACACACUCCCUCCCGCAGCACAGACCGCCUAAACCCUUCGGGGGUUUUGCGCAGAAGAUUCUGCAGAGACGCUGCAAGUCCUGCUUCCCCCACCAGCACCCCGCGGAAGCCUCUUGCUGCUGCUGCUGCAGCAGCAGCAGCAGCAGGAGCAGCAGCAGCAGGAGCAGCAGCGAGUCCUGCUGCUGCUGCUGGCUCGCCCGCGUCGCCCAGCCACGGGAGCGCUAGCCGACUACCCCGACCAGACUUUGCUGCUUUUGCUGUUCUCCGCGCUGCUGCUGCAGCUGUCAAGACCCGCAGGGGGGGCCCGCCGGGGGGCCCCCCGGGGGGCCUCCCUGAAGGCUCCCCAGGGAGGGGCCCCCCAGUACCCUCUGCCUCCCCUAAGCGAUCAGGGGGGCCCCUGGGGCCCCCCUGGAGGCCCCCCAAGACCCUCCGCCGUGCUGCUUCCCCGGGGCCCCUCUUUUCGGACACUCCAAAGAAGCCCUUGAGGCGGCCGGGGCCCCCCAGUGGGGCCCCUGAAGAGGGAGGUGCGGCAGCAGCUCCCGCAGCAGCUGCAGCGACUGCAGCAGCUGCAGCAGCUGCUGCAGCGGAGGGGAAAGGCGCCGCCACACAGUCUGCGGGGGCCCCUGCUGCUGCUGCUGAGGCUGCAGCGGAAGCAGCGCAGCAAGGGCCUGCUGCUGCAGCAACAACGCCAAGGAGGCAGAAGCAAGCAGCAGGAGUGGACACAGAAGCAGGACAAGGGAAGCAAGGGGAGAGCAGCAACAGCAGCAGCAGCAGCAGCAACCCACAGAAAAAAGAGGCAGUAACAGAAAACGAACAAAGCAGCAAAUGCAGCAAAAUGCAGCAAACAAAUGGCGAACAGCCGGACGCAGCAGUCAAGCAGUCAAGGGGCUCCCACACUGGCCUCCAGAAGCAGCAGCAGCAGCAGCCGCAGCAGCAGCAAAGGCAGCAACAGCAGCAGCAGCACGAGCAGCAGCAGCAGCAGCCAGAUGGCUCUGCUUGUCCGGGAACUCAGCGCCGCUCCCGCCGUCUCAGCGGCCGCAGCCUCGAAAGGGCGCCGUUAGCUGCAGCCCCGAGGCGCAGCAGCAGCAGCAGCGCUGGCGUUAGCUGCUCUGUUGCAGCAAAAUCAGCAGCAGCAGCACGAGCAGCGAAACGCACGAAACAUGCAGAGCAGCAGCAGUAG